CAUACAGCCCUGAGAGAAAUUUUCCUGAAUUCUUUUAUGCUCUUUCUGUAAUAGAUUCUUUCCUUGGUUUUGUGAUGAGACUAGAGCCAUCACUUUCCUGGUAAAACUGUUCUCACAAGCAACAGAGUGUGAGACAGGAGAGACGACACUGAAGCUCUUAUCAGUGUGCAGCUAUGCCACGUUCCCUUUUGAUGAAGUUUACUUUUCUGAUGGUGAAGAUGAUAUGGAUCAGUGUGAUUUCCUGCUUGGGCUGUAUACACGUGUGAAGGACUAUGAGACUCAAGCAGGCAGUAGAGUUCUGUCAGCAUUACAGGCAGUUUACCAGUCAGUUCCUGCAGUCUGGGUUAUAGACCUCUCAGAGAGAAAGGCCUCUCUCUUCCUUGAAGUGCUGAAAUUCCAAACAGUCAAGAAACCAGUAGAGCUGUGUGGCUGGUCAGAUGAAGAGAGUGAACUGAGGAGCUUCCUUCAGUGUCUGCCCUAUAUUUCUCAGCUCAGCGCUGACGCCCGGUUCUUCCUCUCAGUGUGUCAGCGCCUCUCUCCGAGCAGCAGAGCAGAUACACAGCUGCUGGCCUCUCUCCUCCAGGCCCUGGGCUUCACCUGCACUGUGGGGGGCAUGGUUACCAGCUGCACCUGCAGUACUGUGGGCGGAGUCCUGCAGCUGUGUCCCCCCGGAGUACAGCUCACUCUCACACCGCAGAGCAUCUCUCUCAAAGGAGCUUCACUCCUCUUUCAACACGUCACACAUCUUCAGAAGCUCAGAGUGAAUGGGAGCAUGCUGGUGAAACUGGCCAGGCUGCUUAGGUCAGGGAGAGGCCGCACCCUGGUGACGGUGGAGGAGUUGUCCCUGGACCUGUCCUGCCCACAGACACCAUUGGGGGCGCUGUCCCGGGUGCUGAGCAGCUUGGGGUCACUCAUGAGACUGUGGACAGUGCGGUGCCUGGACCUGAGUGACCACCGUAUUGAGGGUCACUCUCUCGCUGUUCUGCUCUGUCACCAGGGCCCUCUGACCAUCAGACUACAUAAGGACACCCUGCAGUGGCUGGCUGUAGCGGUGUAUGACUCCCAGGAAGUGGAGUUGACUCAGUGCUUCCUGGAGAAGACUGGGGGAGAUCUGACUCCCUGCACACUGGACUGGGAAGUGCUUCACUAUCUACUGCAGCAAUCAACACAGCGAAUCACUGUGGACCUUAGGAAGAGCAGAAUUACAGAGCCAGACAUCAGGGAUCUGCUCCCUUUCCUGGACAGAAUUCACCUGAAGAGACUGAACUCCUCGUUUGUGAAGUCUGCCCUGAGGGAGAUAUGUGAGAGACGUGCGGGUCAUUUGGUGUGCAGUUUGGUGAGGUCAGCUGAUAACUGGAUCAACCUGAACACCAGAGUGCUGGACAGCAGAGACUGCACUGCCCUGCGCUUUGCCCUCCAGCAGAGUGACGGCGUCGGACUCAACCUGCAGUGGGCCUCCAUCCCUGAGGGGGAAAUCAAGAAAACUCUGCCCCUACUGCCCAGAGUCUCCCAGCUCAGCGUGGACAGGAUGCUGCUGCUGAAGCUGCUGCACAGCUGUGUGACCUCAGAGCACCAGCAGGGGGCAGCAGACCUGCUCCGGACGCUGCAGUGCAAACUGGACUUUUCCUGCUCCUCUGCUGUGGAUCUAUCAGAACAGGAGGGAGGCGUAUCUCUGUGCCUCAGUGCUGCUGACUGCAGGGUCAUCACCACGGCGAUCCAGCAAGUCCCCCAUGACACCGAACUCGUUCUGCAGGACUGUGAGGUUUGGGAUGCAGGACUGGAGGAGCUGUUCCCCAUUUUACACAGAGUGCGUUUGAGGCUGAGUAAGCCCCUCCUCCUGCAGUUGGUAUGUCUGACCCCAGUGGGGGGGCAGGGGGGGUCUGUGCGCCGUGCCAUCUCCCUCCUCAGAGCGCUGGGCGGGGAACUGGACCUCAGUGAGACCCGCCUCGACCUGCCAGCCUGCAGGUCUCUGGCGCUGGUGCUGGACCAAUCAGACGGGCUCUCAGAACUGGACCUCAGCCACUGUCAGCUGACUGAUGACUGCAUGGAGCCGCUGCUCCCUCACCUGCACAAAGUGCCAGUGCUGGAUCUGAGCUGCAAUGACAUCACUGAUCAUGGAGCUCAUAGAAUUCAGCAGGUCAUCUCCAGAUGCAGCUCUAUCCAAACAGUACGGCUCCACAGCAACAGAAUCACAGACACAAGAACCUUCCAGAAAGACCAGCACUUCAAGGUCUGGUGACUGAAGAAUAGGUUGUGACAAGGAGAGGGAAUUCUAACUCUGAUGGACACCUUCUGAGUCGGACUCCUAACUGCAGAAUCCUCACGGACAGAUUCAGAGUUAUUUGUUGGAUUUCUGAUACUGACCUGGUUGUAAGAAUAUUGGGGUGCAGAUAUGUACUGUAUCCGAAUUAAUACUGUGUGUACAUUCACUUCUGCUUUUUUAAGUGCACUUGCAGGGUAUGUGUUACCGGUCCCAUUUAUGGGAAAAUACUGUGAUGUUAGAAAACUGGCAUGACAGUACAGCUGCUUUUAAUUUUAAUGUAUCCAGAUUUGAGUGGCAGGAUAGAUGUUUACAAAACACUGAUAUCAAGCUUCAGUGUGAAACCAUUACAGAUGCCAAACAGACUGAAUAUGUCUCAGGUGCUGCAUUUCUGUGGUCUGGUAACUUUUAUACUUAAUCUCAUCAUGUUUCAGAAUAAUGUUAGAUGGUACCAAUUGUAAGAUUUUGGUCCAGAUCC